CACACACACACACACACACCACCUCCUCCUUCUCCUCCCCCCUUCCCUCCUCCCGCGUAUUUGGCCGCCGCACCACCCCGUUGUCCCGCCCCUGCCCGGCACAAGCUGCCCCCCCCCGAGCGAUGUCCCAGCAGCAGCAGCAGCAGUACCAGUACCCGCACCCUGGCAUGGGGGUGCCUCCUUCGCACCAUCCGCAGGGCGGUGUGAUGCCCCCCCCUCCCUCGGGGGCCUUCCAGCCGGGAGCCGCGCCGCCGCCGCCGAUGCCCGGCUCGGUGGGCAUGAUCCCGCCGAUGCCCGGGGCCGCUGGCAUGGCCCCUCCGAUGCCGGGGGGCGCCUCCCCGGCCCCGCCCAUGCCCGGCGGCCUUUCGCCCGCCCCGCCGAUGAUGCCCGGCGGCCUGUCGCCCGCGCCGCCCAUGGCCAUGCCCGGUGGCCCGGGCCCGGUGGCCGCCCCACCGCCCCACGGCAUGCCCGGUCCCCUGCCUCCGAUGGCGCGCACCCCGCCUGCCGGCGUGCCGCCACCCAUGCCCGGCGCCCCUGUGGCCGCCCCCCCCUCGGCUGGCUUCCCCCCGCAGAUGACUCCGCCGGCCGCGGGCGUGCCCAUCCCCGGCGGCCUGGUGGCCGCGCCGCCUCCGCUGGCCGGCACUCCUCCGGUGCAUGGCGGUGCCAUGGUUUCCCCCCCGCCGCCGGCCGGCGCUGCUGCCGGCUCUCCCCCUGCGGUGGUGACCCCGCCCAUGGGCAUGCCCAACAUUGGCCGGCUGUCGAUCCAGGCUGAGGCCCCGGCCCCGGCCCCGGCGGCGGCGGCGACGACGACGGCCUACUCCCCGGCGGCCAACACCCCCCCGAUGCCGGCCCCCCAGCCAUCCUUCCAGCAGCAGCAGCAGCAGCAGCACCACCACCACCACCACCAUCAGCAACCGACCCCCGGCCAGAUGGCUCAGUCCCCCCCGCAGCCGGGCCAGCAGUAUCAGCAGUUCCAGCAGCCGGCCCAGCCGCCGCAGUUCCAGGCCACCCCGGUGCCUGGGCAGAUCCCCAUCCCCCGGCCGGGAACAGGGCUGGCGGCUCCGGCGUAUGGUGGCGGCUCGCCGGCCAGCGCCCCGGCCGGCCCGACGUACCACCAGGCCCCGGGUGCCGGUGGCGUGACCGGUCCCCCUCCCGCGGGGGGGCUCUUCCCUCCGGUGCCGGGGAUGCCGACGCCCGGCGCGCCGGGCUUCCCGGCCAUGGGUGGCAUGCCGGCUCCCCCGAUGCCUGGCGCCGCGCACCAUGCUCCGCCGAUGAUCCCCCACCUGCCAGGCACACCGCAGGGCGCCUAUCCGGCUGCCGGCCCGGCCCCCGCCCACCAGCCUGGGCACUUCCCCCCGGCCAUGGGCGGCAACAUGCCGCCCGGGUUCCUGCCUCCGGGCGCGCCGAUGGGCGGCAUGGGCGGCACCGCCCCGGGCGGCAUGGGUGGCUCCAGCCUCACUCGCGUGCCGCUGGCCCUGGACGACCCUGGGCAGAUCAACUUCUUCCCGAGCCCGCCGCGCAUCGAUGAGUCCCCCUUCUCGGUGGUGCCAAUCAACCACUGCGACCCGCAGAUCCAGUCCUGCACGGUUGGCAUGUUCCCGGCCAAUUCCUCGGUCGCCAACAAGUCCAAGGUCCCGCUGGGCCUCUUCGUGUCGCCCUUCCUCUCGCACCUGACCAAGACGAAGGUCCCCACGGCCACCGGCCGGAAUAUUGUGCGCUGCCGCCGGUGCCGUGCAUACAUCAACCCGUAUGUCACCUUCGUGGAGAACAACACCCGGUGGAAGUGCUGCAUGUGCUCCACCGUCAAUGACGGCUACCCCACGCCGGAUGUCCGCCAGGCGGUCAUCGAGUAUGUGGCCACCGAGAGCUACCUCCAGGCGGCCCCCCAGGCGCCGGCGUACAUCUUUGUGAUCGACGUUUCCUCGGCGGCCGUCGGCAACCCGGUCUCGGAAAGCGACCCGACCAUUGUCAUGCCCCCGCGCCUGCGCCUGUCGCUCGAGGUGACCCAGCCGCAUGGGAUCUACCUGCUGCUGGAUGGGCAGCAUGUGUUCCUCUUUGUCCGGCGCCAGGCCCACUCGUCCCUGCUGCAGGAGCUCUUCGGCAUCCCCAAUUACGAGGCCCUUGGCCAGGGUCGCAUCCUGCUGCCCGGCCACAAGACUGCCGCCCCGGUCCGGGUGGCCAACGACUCGGUCCCGGUGUCGGACUACGUCAAGCGCAUCCAUGCGGUCAUUGACGCGGCGCGCAAGCGCAACUGCAGCCCCCUGUACCAGCCGCUGAUCCUCCUCCGGGAGGAUGCCGCCUCGGGCGGUGGCUCUCCGCCGGAGCGCUCGGAGUUCCUGGUUGCCCUGCUGGAGGACCGUUGCCCGUGGGGCGCCAACGAGGCGGCCAGCUCGGGCGACUCGCAUGGGUCCGGCGCCAUGUCCUACUCGCAGUUCAUCCGCGCCAUCCGCACCCGGAUGGGCAACUAA